AAGUUAUGUACAUUUUUUUUGUAAACUUAUUAUUUCGGUUGUUGUGUUAUGAACUACGCAUCUAGCAACGUACAUGAACAUUGCGCCGUAUUAUUUUCGUGUUAUGAUACAGAAAUCAUACCUAGAUCACGUUAUUCGAUCGAACACAGUUUACUGUUGGGCACUUCUGUAACUUCAUGUGAUUAAAAUUUACGGAAAAAUGAAAUUAUAUGAAUUUUUAUCGAUGUGUGAUCGCCAAAAUGAAUUAAUAGAAUUUUUGCAAAAAUGUAAUGUAAUGAAUACAGAAAUGAUAUGUCCGCAGUGUAAUAAUAAACUUACUUUAAAUAUGUCAACAUUAUUUUUUCGGUGUCGAAAAUCGAUUACUAUCCAACGCAAUCAUAAAAGAAAAAAAACCUCACAAUGUGAAUUUAAACAAAGUGCUAAAACUAAUACGUGGCUAGCCAAUUGUAAUCUCGAUAUUGCGAUAGUUACUCGUUUUGUUGCGUAUUUUCUCAUGAUACGUCCUCCACGUUUUGAAUUCCUCAAACAAGAAUUACAGCUGAGCGAUAAAACUAUAGUUGACUGGUCAAGUUUUUGCCGUGAGGUGUGCGUUAUGUGGCUUGAGGCUCAACAGAAUCCGAUUGGCGGAAAAGGAAUUGUUGUCGAGAUAGAUGAAGCCAAAAUUGGUAAACGCAAAUACAAUCGUGGGCGUCUAGUUACAGGUAAAUGGAUUUUUGGUGGCUUUGAGCGUGGUACAGGCAAAGCUUUCAUUGUACCGGUCAAAAAUCGCACUGCAGAAACAUUAUUAAGUGUUAUAAAACAGUGGAUUUUGCCAAAAACUACAAUAAUAUCAGAUAUGUGGCGGGCUUAUGAUUGUUUAAAUAACGAAGGCUUCAUCCAUUUAACUGUAAAUCACUCAAUGAAUUUUGUAGAUCCAGAAACUGGAGCUCAUACCCAGAAUAUUGAACGAACAUGGCGAGAAGUUCGAGCCAAUAUUCCGCGAUACGGCACACGAGAGAAACAUCUCAUCGGAUACAUGGCAGAAUUUUUUUUUAAACGGCAAUACAAGUUUGACGACCGAAUAGUCAGUUUCUUUGAGGCUGUCGGGAAAUUUUUUCCCCCAGGAUCGAAUACAACUAAUCCAUAAUUA